ACCUUAAAAUUGUUCAUGAAAGAAACGCAUGCGCACUAAACUAACUUCCGUUUCUUUCUUCAUUUUCAAUUUUUUGUCUGCUUUAUGAAUUCCUUUUCAUCAAGUACCGUGCACAGUUACUAACCCUCACACACUGUUAUAAGACAUUUCCCCAUAAAUCUAUACAGUUAUAGUACAUUUCAUAACUACCACACACACGCAGUUGUAACGACACUAUCCUCUCCAAUAACAAAUGUUACUGGCAUAAUGGAAGAUGCACUUACAACCUAUUCCAUCUUUUAAAGACUGAAUGUAAAUGUUAUUUGGAAGAGAUAUCUAUCACUGUUUCUAUGAAUUCAUUGUAAAAUUCCAAUGAACUAUUUGCUCCGAACUGAGAUUAUUUGCAAAAUUUCUGUAUCAUAAUCUGGAGUGUAUGCGAAAUGAUUUUGUAUGCUAAUUGGAUAAAUUUGCAUAGGAGUUUUUAGAUAAAGGCAGAAAAAGAGCAACUGAAAAAAAUGGCUAACAAUAAACAAGAGAAACAAAAUCAACAAGAAAUAUAUAGAAAUAUAUUGACUUGAGAUGGAAAAUAUUGCGCAAACGUCAAAAACUUGAAUUGAUUUUUUUCCCUGAAGACAUGCCUAAAGAUACAAGAAAACUAUCAUGUGACUUUAAUAUCUGUGAAAAGUCAUUCUCCCAGAAGAGUCACCUAAUUAAACAUAAGCGUAUUCAUACAGGAGAGAAACCAUAUUGCUGUGAAAUCUGUGGUAUAUCAUUCUCGCAGAGUGCACAUCUAACUACACACAAACGUGUUCAUACAGGAGAGAAGCCAUAUCAGUGUAAUAUCUGUGGUAAAUCGUUCUCUCAGAAUGGAAGCCUUACUAAACACAAACGUAUUCAUACAGGAGAGAAGCCAUAUCACUGUAAUAUCUGUGGUAAAUCAUUCUGUGGAAGUGAUCAGUUAACUACACACCAACGUAUUCAUACAGGAGAGAAGCCAUAUCAUUGUGCUAUUUGUGGUAAAUCGUUCACUCGAGGUAGUGCUUUUUAUUUUCACAAGCGAAUUCAUACAGGAGAGAAACCAUAUUGCUGUGAUAUCUGUGGUAAAUCAUUCUCUGUACAAAGUAUAUUAAGAUCUCACCAACGUGUUCAUACCGGAGAGAAGCCAUAUCAUUGUGAUAUCUGUGGCAAAUCAUUCUCUCAGAAUGGAAGCCUAACUACACACAAACGUAUUCAUACAGGAGAGGCAGCAAAUCACUGUGGUAUUUGUGGUAAAUCAUUCUCUCAAUUUCAGUAUCUAACUUCUCAUAAGCGUAUUCAUACAGGAGAAAAGCCAUAUCGCUGUGAUAUCUGUGGUAAAUCAUACUCUAUACAUAGCAGCUUAGCAUUUCACCACCGUUUACAUACUGGAGAAAGGCCAUAUCAAUGUGGUAUUUGUGGUAAAUCAUUCUCUGGAAGUAGUGUUUUAAAUUCUCACAAGCGAAGUCAUACAGGAGAGAAGCCGUAUCACUGUAAUAUCUGUGGUAAAUCAUUCUCUCAGAAUUCUACCCUAACUAAACACAAACGUAUUCAUUCAGGAGAGAUAUCACUGUAAUAUCUGUAGUAACUCAUUUACUGGAAGUAGUCACUUAAGUAUACGCCACCGCAUUCAUACAGGAGAGAAGCCAUAUCAGUAUGAUAUCUCUGCUAAAUCAUUCUUACAUAAUACUUAACCAUUCACAAACGAAUCCAUACAGGAGAGAAGCUAUAUCAGUGUGAUAUCUGUGCUAAGUCCUCUAGAUGUAGUUAUCUCAUUUCUCACAAAUGUUCAUACAGGAGAAGAAUAUGAAUGUGAUAUCUGCUGCAAAUCAUUCUCUGUUAGCAGUUCUUUAAUAAUACAUAAACAUAUUCAUACAGGAGAGAAACGAUAUUGCUGUGAUAUUUGUGGUAAAUCACUCUCUGAAUUUUGUAAGUUAAGAAAACACGAAUCUACGCAGACAGUUUAGAAGCCACAUUACUGUUAUGUGUAUGGGAAAUCAUUUAAUGAAAAUAUUCACUUAAGAAUACACAAAUGCAUACAUGUAAGAGAGGAGACAUAUCAGUGUGAUAUCUGGUAAAUCAUUCUCUCGAAAUACUACCUUAACCAUUCACAAAUGAAUCCAUACAUGAGAGAACCCAUAUCAGUGUGAUAUCUGUGGUAAGUCCUUCGCUAGAUAUGAUUAUCUCAUUUCUCACAAAUGUGUUCAUACAGGGGAGAAGCCAUAUCAAUGGGACAUCUGCUGCAAAUCAGUCUCUGUAAAGUGUUCCUAAUAUGGUAAAUCAUUUACUGAAAAUGUUCACUUAACAAUACACAAACACAUACAUAUAAGAGAGGAGACAUACUAGUGUGAUAUCUGGUAAAUCAUUCUCCCAUAUUGAUUCUUAGCCUAAACACAAAUAUAUUCAUACAAGAGAAAAGCCAUAUGAAUGUAAUAUAUGUAGGAAAACAUCCUCUGAAAGUAGUAAUUUAAGAAUUCACAACAGUAUUUAUAGUGGAUAGAAGUCACAUCACUGUGAUAUUUUUGGUAAAUCAUUCUCUCAAAGUUGUAGCUGAAGUGGACUUGUAUGUAUCCCUACAGAAGUGUAACUGUAUCAAUGUGAAAAUUCUUAGCAUCAUCAUCAAAUAUUUUAAGUUCUUCCUGAAGUGAGGUGGGUUUAGCUUUGUGAACUUUACCUAUGACAUAUACCAAACCACUCGGCAUAGCUGCCUUUCUGAGUUAGUCUUUUACAGCUGGUUGAAUUUUUAAUUAUGCCAACCUCUUAUAGCAUGAACGGAUAUGGUUUACUGUCAAAUUUCUUUGAAUGAAGAUCAGGAAUAAACACCCUCAUCUAUAACUGUAAAUGUAUUCACAUUGGAAAGGAGACAUAACAUGUGUGUCAACAGUCUCCCUACACUGUAUUUUAUAUUAAAACACAUAAACACUUGGGAUAACUUACCUCUGCAACAUUUUUCAUAAAAGCAAUUUUCUCUGGAUUGUGAAUGUGUUUACUGUGUAGAAACCAAUAUUGUUAUAUUUGGGAAGAGUCAUAAUUAAUAAAACCUAUAAACACA